CAUAGACGAAAACCAAAAUUUAGAGUAAGUGAAGAUGUUUUUCCCUAUCUUCUUCACAUUUGUUCUCCUCCUCUCCACUUCCAAUGCUGCAGUGCAGGACUUCUGUGUUGCAGACUACAAGGCUCCAGAAGGCCCUGCAGGCUACUCCUGCAAGAAGGCUGCAACAGUUACCGUAGAUGACUUUGUAUUCUCUGGCCUAGGUGUUGCUGGUAACACCACAAACAUUAUCAAAGCUGCAGUGACCCCUGCAUUUGCUGCUCAAUUUCCUGGUGUUAACGGCCUUGGCAUUUCGCUGGCUCGUCUAGACCUGGCUCCUGGUGGAGUUAUUCCAUUUCACACACAUCCUGGAGCUUCAGAAGUCUUGGUUGUUACACAAGGAGCCAUAGUUGCAGGGUUCAUUUCAUCAGCUAACACAGUUUAUCUGAAAACCCUUAAGAAGGGUGAUAUUAUGGUGUUCCCUCAAGGGUUAUUGCACUUUCAAGUCAAUGGAGGUGGUUCUUCAGCAGUAGCAUUCGUUAGCUUCAGUAGUCCAAGCCCCGGUCUGCAGAUUCUGGACUUUGCACUUUUCAAAAAUGAUUUGCCUACAUCAUUGGUCGCAUCGACUACUUUCCUCGAUGUUGCUCAGAUCAAGAAACUUAAGGGUGUUCUAGGUGGUACUAAUUAAUUUAGGUUGUGUGGAGAUAUGUACCAGUGUGCAUGUAUUUCAUUUCCUUUUAUUCUCGAUCUGUUUUGUAUGAGAAGGCCUGUCAGUGUACUUAGGAUUACUCAGGUGCGUAGCGGUUUCUGAUUCAUCAAUAAAUGUAGUUUAUUUAUGCUUGUAUGAGUCUUAUCAUGUCCUCCAGUAUGUUGGACCGGUGAGGCAACAAUUAUAUUGAAGGGAAGUGCCAUAUUGCAUCUUAGU